CCCAAUGCAUUGGAACACCUAGAGCAAUCGACGGAACAACGCACAUCUGAUAUCGCACGACAAGCCCAUUAAUAGUAUUKUAAUCGUCACACCACAAAAAGUUAUCAAAAAGGAAAGGAUCGAGUAACAAGAAGACCCAGAAUAAAUAGCCUGUCGUUCGAAAGCCGGCUUCGAUUCUGCUUGUCGGAGAAAAAGACAGAAUGUUGUCGUACUUUUCUUCGUCGUCGAAUGGCGCCGAAGAUUCAAACGAUUCGGACUGCGCUGCCAAAACCGAAGAAAUAUCGAGCGAAGUUCUCAGCAGUGAACCGGAUUGUUCCGCAACACMGACGAAAUCUUCUCCGACAGCUGCGUCAUUCGGCGAGGCACACGAUGUCUAUUGUACGAAACACGGGACCCUUCGAGCAUCGAUCCACCAAGUCUUGACCGAGGCCUGCGGCAAAAACGAGGAGAUACCGUGGGCACUGCCAAAACGCAACCAACCGAGUGUUUUGGUGGAAGCGAACGAGGUAGCCGAGUUUCUUCUUUCCAAGCGAGGGAACAACAACGGCGUUGCCGGAACCAAAGCCGCAGCAACAACGCCCCAGAAACAAUCCUUUGCCUCCUCCCUGCUGAUGAGCCCCCUGAAGGUUGUGUCGGCCGUUGCKUCCAUGAUGAGGGAUCCCGACGACGACGUCGACGAGUGGAUYCAAGAAGGCGACGAUGCAUUGCUCGAUGACGGCGACACGGGGAACUCGUCGUCUGGUUCCAGCGCGGCUCUUGCCCUCAACGUCCCGGUAGCCAACCCGGGCGCGACGGAAGCCGCAAUCCGAUGCCUCGAGGACGAGAUCGAAACCCACACGCUGGAGGCACCGUGCGUUAUGGGAUUCUCCGAGUGGAACGCYUGGGCGCGUUCCGCUCUUUCGAAGCACCAAGGAAACAAAGAAUACCAGUUGUCGGCAGACGACAACGACUUUUUGCUUCGGGUCUUGGUCGGUCUCGGCAAGGCCUGUAUCAUUCGGCGGCAGGAUCAGGCACCAAAGGGACUGGAUUUGGUAGUGUUGUCGACUGCAGCUAUGAGUAAGAUCGAUGGCGACAGUGAUGAUUGCGUCCCCGAAAAACUUCGCAUACCGGUAUGUCUCUGGGACAUUCAAAAGGCCGAAGCAAAGAUCGAGAAAAAUCUCCACRAUUGGUCGGACCAAGCGGCGGCGUGCACCAAAAAAGCCCUGCAAUACAAAAAGAAACACCAAACYAAACUAGCGACGAUCCAGCUUGCCAAGAGAAGAGCGAUUCAGCAGCGCAUCGACUCGGAUUCGAGGUUGCAACUCCAAUUGCUGCAAACGAAAAACGCGAUCGAGAGUGCACAGUCCAACAGAUCRAUGGUAGACAUCAUGGCCAGCUCGUCGCGGUUGCUCAAGCAGCUGCGAGAGGAAACGCCUCUCGAAGAAAUCGAUGACACGAUGGACGACUUGCAGUCCGAACUGGACGAUUUACGGGACGUGAACAACACGCUGACGUCGSUCAAUGGCAACACGGCAACCAUGGGAAAGGACGAGGAGGAAGAACUCCUGAGAGAGCUCGAGGGUCUCACCGUCACGUCCGAUCCAGCGGCGUCGACACCCGAAACCAAAGCCACUCCCGAGAAAGARUCCUCGUGUGCGGUUCCGAACGWYGGGACGGGGUUGACGGAAACGCUGCAGACGUCCRCGAUCCGGGAUGCAAUCACAGAGAAAAUUCCUGACCUUGCGUAAACCUCUGAAACACGGUGGUUMGCUUCGUCCGCUUUCGACUAGAGGCAUGCUAUCAUUAACUCCACCGACCCGAACGUCAAAAUAGCUCUUGAUCAUUUCGUAUUUUUC